GGUAAUGACCUUUAUUGCUCACACAAAUAGGCAACAGCUCUGGGGUCUUUGGGUUUAGCUUGCUUGUAGUUUCAGCGGCGAGUGAGUGAGCCGAGAGCAGGCACUUGAGCAGUCUGAGAGUUGGGGACUGUACCGUGAGUGCAGGUGGGUUUCUCUUGAGGCUGGUAGUGGAGUGAAGACUGAAGUAACUUGCCGAACAAGGAGAGCUGAGAUCUGUCAGGUAGAAUGUUUACCUUCCCACAACAAACCAACUCAGCUCAGGUGAGGCUGGUAUUAUCAGGACUGGAUCUGAGUGCUUUAACAGUCUGUCUCAGGUAUUUUACAGACCUCGGUAGAGAUUACAGUCUUUUCUCUUUGGCCACACCCUCUGCUGACAAUGCACUUCUGAUUUACAAGGAGGCUGCAAGCGAUAGGAUUAAUCUCGCGAUCAGGAAUAGUGGUGCAGUCUUCAGAGGGCAGGACUACAGACUGAACACAUGGCACUCAGUUUGUGCCACAUGGGAUUCGGCAUCUGGUGUAGGGCAGAUGUGGCUAGAUGGAAAGCCCUCAAGUAGGAAAUUCAUCAGCUCUGGAUCUGACAUCAGCGGGCCCAUCAUAAUUGUUUUAGGACAGGAGCAGGAUUCUCAUGGCGGAGGCUUUGACAUUAAUCAGUCUUUUGUUGGCAUGCUGUCUGACAUCCACAUGUGGGACCACACCCUUUUGCCAUGCCAGAUCCAGAAUUACGAGGAUUAUCUGACCUUCACCGCGGGAAAUUUGCUCAACUGGAGGACACUGGAGUUCCUGACUAAAGGAAGAGUGCUGAUAGAAGAUAAACACGAGCCCUACUGUUAAACUUUUCAGGUUAAACAAAAAAGAAAUCCUCUUAACUCCAAAGAUUGUCUAUCAUGUUUUAAAAAUCUGUUGUUAAUAUUAUUAUCUUUUGCUAUAUUUGUUCAUCAUAUUAUUGCAAAGAAUGACUUUUUCUUUUUCUUUAAUGUACUUACUGUGCAAUCAUAAAUCCAGUCGAAGCUAACUUUCCAAAGUGAAUUUGUGAUUGUGAAAUUAAAACCAACCGAAAACCGAUGAAAACAAAGUUCAAAUUGUAUUGCAUCAGUAUGUGCUAUUUUUCCAAAGAAUAUUAUUUGUAUAGAUAUUACACAUUGUGUGUGCUCCUCAGUAGUAGCUUGUGAGUACUGUAUAUGUCUCCUCUUCUGAUCGCUCCACAUUCUGUAUUCUUCAUUUCAGUUGUCUCCCAAUGGUCUCAGUUGUGUUGUAUUUAAAGCAAGAUCAAACAAGUUUUGAAGUAAAGUUGUAUUGUGUUUAAUAACGUCUGUAGCUCAGUAAUGAAAUGUAACAAAGGAUACUAUAAAUAAAAAAGUGAAUAUCAUGUAAACACUCUAAUUUUGUAUUGUGACGAAGCUGCUCAAAGCCUAAUUUUGUAUGGUUAGUGUACCCAGUAAGAGUAUAACCCUUUUAAGAGUCCUUAGUUAAUAUUUUACAUUUCCAAAUUACCAGAAUCUGAAGCCAUAUAUUGCAUGCAAGGAAGGAGACAAGAAGAAAACACACUGCUGUGAAUCAUUGACAAGUACCAGAUAAUCACAUGUAACUACUACAUAUAAGUACUUGGGUUUUGAGCUUCAGCAGUUCGGGCAAUGCAUCCUUGUACAUGUAGGCACUGAAAUGACGGCUGUGCAAGACAGAAACUGCUGUCAAUGCAGCAUGCACUGAGGAAUUUAUUGCCACAGCUGACUGCAUUUACCAUCAACACUGUUGGGAUAUCUACUUAAGAUGUGCCAAACUUCUCAUUUAAUGUUUACCAUGUUCACUAUCUUUUGUCCUUGAGUAUAUAAUAAAUAACCACAAAAAUAAUACACACUAUGUUGAUGGUUAUCUUGAGGAUGUGAAACGAUGAAUAAAUGCAAUAAAAAGAUAAACGCAGACGUA